AUGGCCGAAGCGGGUGCGGGGAAGUGCGGGGACCAGGAGCCCGGGGAUAGCCCGCAAUCGGCCGUCUCUUGCGGGGUCGGUCACUGCAAAUGGUUCAACGUGCGGAUGGGCUUCGGCUUCCUGGCGAUGACCAGCCGGGAGGGGGCUUCCCUGGAGCCGCCUGUCGACGUGUUUGUGCACCAGAGCAAGCUUCACAUGGACGGGUUCCGGAGCCUGAAGGAGGGGGAGCCUGUGGAGUUCACAUUUAAAAAAUCCUCCAAAGGCCUGGAGUCGCUCCGGGUGACCGGCCCCGGGGGUAGCUCGUGCGUCGGGAGUGAGCGGAGGCCUAAAGGGAAGAAUGUGCAAAAGCGAAGACCAAAGGGAGAUAGGUGCUAUAACUGUGGGGGUCUGGAUCACCACGCCAAGGAAUGUAAGAUGCCCCCACAGCCAAAGAAAUGCCAUUACUGCCAAAGUAUUACCCACAUGGUGGCAAACUGCUCGGUCAAAGCUGCCCAGCUCCAGCCGGCUGGCAGCGCUCAGGGAAGACCGGACAGCAAGCCCCCAGCAAGCCCCCAACCCACUGCCUCGCACAGUCCCUCCCCGACCCUCGAGGAGGAGACGGAGCAGCACUCGGAGGCCCCAUCUCCAGAAUGUUCCGAGACCCCACAGCAAGAAGCCUCCUCUGCUGCUGUGGCCGAGGAGCAGAGCAGAAGAGGGUCGGGCGAGCAGAGACAGGAGACCUGAGGGCUGUUGACGCUGGCGCCACAUUCAGGGAUUGGGAAACCGGCACCUCAGCUGCUGAGGUCACCACCCCAGCAUCUUGCUAUCUAACCAAAGACUUUCAUCAUGAAAUUAACUACUUCUCAUUUAUUUUCCCCCCCUCCCACCCCAAUAGAAUUUGGACAGUUCCCCUCUGUACAGCAUACUGAAACACUGGACUCUUAUCUUGAUCCAACCCAACCAUCAUCCCUUCUUGAAGCCAAAGACUCCAUUGUCAAUCAUGUUUCUUCCCCU